AUGGAGGAGCCAUCCAAGCAAGUUCCCACUCUUGGACUCAACCAAGUAAACAGUGAUAUUAUAAGACCCAGGUCCAAACCAUCCCUCUUCUCUAACCUAGAAGGCACAUCUCCCAUGGACAAGGUAACUCAAGGCAGGAUUCCAGACAGAUUUGGUGAUCCUGGAGACCCUGGUGGCUCAGGAUACCAUAGUGGUGAUGACAGCUACAGAGGCUUUCGCCGAAAGGGCAGGCAUGGCGGUCCCCCAGGAGGAGGACCCCCUGGAGACCCUUGGGAUCCCGAUGGUGGUGGUGACCCUCCAGCUGGCCCUGGAGGAGGUGGAGGAGGAGACGGCCCCAGACGCAAGUUGUUCCAUGCCAAGCCGGAUUCCAAUGCGUACCCCACCCUCAAGUCCAACAAGGACUUCGACCAAUGGUACAGCAUGUUUAUCACAACGGCUAGGGCACAGGGAUUCCAUGCCCUCUUUGACUCCAAUUAUGUGCCAUUGGACCAGGAGUCAGCUUUUGAGCUCCGUAGGAUGAACGAAUGGUUCUACGCGGUCCUGCAGAAAAUCAUCAAGACAACCAAGGGCAAGGUGAUAGUUAAGGAACAUUUUCAUGAUUGUGACUGCUUUCACAUUCUACAUGCACUGAUCCAGGAUGCUCACACCUCUGUGGAAGGUACACUGGAGUCCAUGGAGACACUCAACUGGCUCACCAGGGUCAAGUACUCCACAACCAAGGGCUCUGCAGUGGAGUUCAUCAUCAACUACGAUGAGGUUCUCACACGAUACAACGACUCCAAGACGAACGAGCAGGAUAAACUCAGUGAUAGUAUCCAAAAACUGUUCCUACAACAGGCAUUCAUCGACAUCAAGGUUCUCAAUGACAUCAGCGCCAGAGAGUAG